CCGGUGCUCGGCGUCGCCGUCUCCCUGGGACGCGCGCGGGCUGCACGACGCGCGGGAGCCGGGCGGGCAGCCAUGGCGCGGCGCGCGGGGAGGUAGCCGGGCGGGCCACGGGGAGCGCAGGGGCCGCCAUGGCCCGGCGGCGGCGCCGCGCCUGCAUCGCGCUGUUCCUGGUGCUGCUUUUCGCCUUCGGCACGCUCAUGGGUCUGCGCACGCUCAAGGCUCCGGACGGACUGCCGGCGCUGGGCCCGGGCCUGGAGCUGGCGCCCUUUGAGCGACGCCCGGAGGGAGUCCCCGCGCCCGCCGCCCGGGCCCCGGCCGCCCCCGCCGCGCCGCCGCCUCCGCCGCCCCGCACUGCCGGCCCGGGCAGCCCCCCGGGCCCGGCCCCCGCGGAGGCCGAGCCCGCCCCCGGGCAGAGUCUGCGCGUCUACUCGGACCUGCACGCCUUCUACUACUCCUGGUACGGGAGCCCGCGGCGCGAAGGCCACUACAUUCACUGGGACCACGUCAUGGUGCCGCACUGGGACCCCAAGAUCUCGGCCAGCUACCCCCGCGGCCGCCAUAGUCCUCCCGACGACUUGGGCUCCAGUUUCUACCCGGAGCUGGGGCCCUACAGUUCUCGGGACCCCGACGUGCUGCGGGAGCACAUGACCCAGCUUAAGGAAGCCGCUAUCGGCGUCCUGGUCCUGUCCUGGUACCCACCUGGCAUGGCUGAUGAUAACGGGGAACCCUCAGAUGACCUGGUGCCCGCCAUUCUCGACACCGCCCAUCAGCACAACAUCCAGGUGGCCUUCCACAUCCAACCCUAUAAGGGCCGGGAUGACGUCACUCUGCAUGACAACAUCAAGUACAUCAUUGACACGUAUGGCUCCCAUGGUGCAUUUUACCGCUAUAAGAACAGCAUGGGCAAGAGCCUCCCACUCUUUUAUAUCUACGACUCAUACCUGACGUCCCCUGAGGCCUGGGCUCACCUCCUGACACCCAAUGGGCCCCACUCCAUCCGCAACACCCCCUAUGAUGGGGUCUUCAUAGCCCUGCUGGUGGAGGAGGGCCACACCCACGACAUCCUGGCUGCCGGAUUUGAUGGCAUGUAUACCUACUUUGCCUCCAAUGGUUUCUCCUUCGGCUCCUCCCAUCAGAACUGGAAAGCCGUGAAGAACUUUUGUGAUGCCAACAACCUCAUGUUCAUCCCCAGUGUGGGGCCUGGCUACAUUGACACCAGCAUCCGGCCCUGGAAUAACCACAAUACUCGGAACAGGGUCAAUGGCAAGUACUAUGAGACAGCCCUGCAGGCAGCCCUGACGGUGAGGCCCGAGAUUGUCUCCAUCACCUCCUUCAAUGAGUGGCAUGAGGGCACCCAGAUCGAGAAGGCCAUUCCCAAGAAGACGCCAACACGUCUGUAUUUGGACUACCUGCCUCACCAGCCCAACCUGUACCUGGAGCUGACUCGCCGCUGGGCAGAGCACUUCAUCAAAGAGAAGGAGCAGUGGCUGAUGUGAGGAGCCUGCCGACGGCCACGAGGUGCCAACGUCCUGGCCUCACCGGAAGGUGUCGCUGCGUGAGGCUCAGCUGAGGUCAUGGGCACUCGCCGGUCUCCAAGUCAAUGGCGGGCCGCCUCUGGGUGGGCCGUCAAGCCUGGGCCCACGUGGAACAGAGCUUGUUCCUUGGGCAGGUGGUGCCGGGGUGCUCUGCGGUGACAGGAAACAAGGCAGGGUUCCAGAGGGAACCACAGAGGCUGGCGGGUGACUGGAUUUAGCCCAGGGCAGCUCCAUAUCCUGCCCCGACACUUUAAAAUAGUCCCUCCUCGCUUGGAACUCAGCAGGUUGGUGUGCAGCAGAGCCACCAGGUGACUGCUCUUCGGAGGGGCCAGGGCUCGGGGCUAGCACAUGCCCUGCUUCCUCUUCAGCCUUCCUCCCACAGCACCUGUCUUCUCUAAGUUAGGGAACCAGAUUUGAAGCUUCCCAAAAGGGAAAUUCUAGAUUGACGCCCUUCCCGGUAGACUCCUGAACCCAAUGAUCAGGAAAUACCCCUGAGCAUUCAUUCAUUCAUUCAACACACACUACUUGAGCACCUUACUAUGUGCUAGGCGCUAGGGAGGAACUUGACCUGGAAAGGUCCUUUUUCUUCCAGAAGCUUACAGGAUCCAGCUUUCCUUCUUUGGUGUGGCCUUGUAGCUAGUGCCUGAGCACAGUUUCUUUUUGCAGUUUUACCCAGCGCUGGGAGUUGUUCUUUUUCGUCUAAGAAAAUACCUCUGUGCUCCAGAGCCUCCAUUUCCCCAGAUGACCAUUUAGCUCCAGGGAGAGGACUAGGACCCCCCACCCCCGCCUCCCUUUAGCUGCCUAAAUGAAUGAGGCCCACUCAGCCGAACCAUUUUCAGUGCCACUGUGAUUUGUAUCAAUUAAAUACGACGUGGUAUUCUCAAGUAAGCAUUCUUUUUGCUCUCUUGAAGACUUCCUGAAUUCUGAGCCCGCCCUCAAAUUCCGUGACAACCUGACAUGUGGGAUCGGCUGGCCAGCACUGGCACAACGAAGAGUGAGUUUGCUUAAGAGAAGUUCAAACACGAUUUUUAGAGGGGAUAUGUAACAAACUAGUGCUUAUUUACAAAUAAACUAAUGUGCUAUAAUUGUAGGGGCCCUCAAAGUAGACCCCGGGACACCUCCUUGGCAAGACUUAGGAGCUACUUGGAAAUAUGUGCGUUACUUUAUGGGCUCAAGACUGAAUCCCAGUACUGGGAAUGGGGUGCAAGGUGCAGGAGGGGAAGAAGCAGGCCUAUGGAUUACCACAGGACCCCCGGCUCCAGUUAGGUCAUGGAUACUGAAUGGCACCGAUGGAUGGAGCAGAUCAGGACAGGUGAAAAGGGUUGGAUGGUGACCUGUAGUAAGUUACAGAAGGGAGAAACUAGGAGGCUUCAUUCCCACAUACACAAUUUGGAAAAUUCUAAAAGUACAGCCAGGCCAGGGGCCUGAAGCAGCAAGUCUCAUUCGUUGCUGAUGGCAAGGCAGCUUGAUCAGUUCUUUGGAAGGUGAAUCUGUAUCAAGAACCAGAAUGAUGUUCAUACGCUCUGACCCAGUAAUCCUCCCCUAUGGAAAUAAUUCAAAAGAAGAAAAAUAAACUAUUUACAAAACAUUUUCUAUUAAUGAAAAACAAGGUUCAAAUACCCAAGAAAAACUGUUUAACACUUGGUAUUCACAUGAAUAAAGAUGCAGGCUGCUGAGUAGACACUGGAUUCAAAUAAGUGUUAUAGGUAUAAUUCGUUAUAAUUUAUUUUAUGAAUAAAUAAGAAAUAAGCCACUGGCUGACAGAAAUAGUA